GUCACAGCGCCGCCACCCGGAGGGAAGCGGGGUAGGGCCCCCGAGGCUCAAGGUCCCAGGGGCUCCCACGCCCUUUCGCCGGAGGAGCCUCUCGACGCCGAAAGCCCGGCUACUAUCCGGCAGUGAUGCAGUCGCGCCAGCCGGGUCCUCAGAGAAACGGGAGGGGUCCUUCCCCGCAGCGGGAUGCGUUAUGAUGACGUCGCGGCCGCCCGUGCCGGACCGACCUCCGCUUCUUGCGCAAAUGUGGCCGGGCGCUGCUGGCGCGCAGGCGCUCUGACUCCCUCAUUGUUCGGGGCCCCGCGGCAGCAGCAGGGGGGAGCCGGCGCGCUUCGAUUGCUCUGCGCAGCCGCCGCCAAGGGCUGUAGCCCCGAGGUCACGCUUCCAAGACACACCCCCUCCUUAAAAGAGUGACGUCAGGUUAGAGCCCUCGGAACGGGUCUGGACGGCCCCCCCUCCGCCCCUCCGCCCCAAAUCGGGGCGCCCUAACCUCUUCGGCCUCCGUCCGCCCGACCCCAAGGGCGGGGCUUCUCAGCGGCUGACCCGCCGCCGCGGAUCGCGCUCUCCGGUGACUGCCAGCGCUUUGCUCGGUAUGCCACCGCCACGGGGUGACGUGACCGCCUUGUUCCUGGGGCCUCCGGGCUGUGGCAAGUCCGCGCUGAUCGCAGCGCUGUGCGACGGGAAUGUGGAGACCAUAGAGAUUCCCGAGGGCCGACCGGACUCCGGGAUCCCCAGCCUGCGAGCAUUGGGCCCUGGCCUCUUCCUGGGCGAGCUGAGCUGUCCGCCCGCAGCGCCAGGGCCCUGGGCGGCGGAGGCCAACGUGCUGGUAUUGGUGCUGCCCGGCCCCGAGGGGAACGGGGAGCCCCUGGCCCCAGCGCUGGGAGAGGCAGCGCGGGCCGCCCUGGCCCGAGGGACCCCGCUGCUGGCUGUGCGGAAUCUCCGCCCUGGGGAGUCACAAGAUGAAGCCCAGGCCCGGGAUCAGACCGCGGCCCUGCUGAACGGCGCGGGGUUGGGGGCCGCUGCUCUCUUCGUGCUGCCCGCGGACUGCGGCCGCCGAGACGGCUGCAAGGAAUUGGAGCGCCUGCGGGUGGCGCUGCGGAGCCAGGCGGAGGUGCUGCAGAGGCUCCUGCCCCCGGCACAGGAUGGCUUCGAGGUACUGGGUGCGGCAGAGCUGGAGGCCGUGCGGGAGGCUUUUGAGACCGGUGGCCUGGAGGCGGCGCUGUCGUGGGUUCGCGCUGGCCUGGAGCGACUGGGCAGCGCGCGGCUGGACCUGGCCGUGGCCGGCAACGCCGAUGUGAGCCUUGUGCUGAACGUGCUGCUUGGGCUGGAUCCCGGUGACCCUGAUGCCGAGCCUGUUUUCAUGCCCGCGGGGCCCACGCCCCACCCGGCCCCAGAGCGUCCCAAUGUGGUGCUCUGGCACGUACCUCUGGGCUCCGCGGGCACUGCUGCCGCCACCCCCCAUCCGACCCACUACGACGCCCUCAUCCUAGUCACCCCGGGGGCCCCCACUGAGAAGGACUGGGCUCAGGUUCGGCCCUUCGUGCUGCCAGAUGCGCCGCUGGUCGGCGUGCGAACAGACGGUGAGGGCGAAGAUCCAGAGUACCUGGAGGAAGAGGACGAGGCGGAGAAAGAGAAGCCCAGCUGCGAGAGCUUAGAGAACACAGGCGGAGAGGGGGUGAAGAAUGCACGCAGUGAGGGAAGGGAGAAACGUGGCCCGGGAUUGCAGAAAGGUAGCGAGGAAGAUUCCGAGAAAGCAGGCAGCGGGGAAGGCUCGGAGAAAGCGGGCAGCGAGAGUGUGCCGCCUGUUGGCGGUGGCGGGAAGAAAUCAGGCAGUGGGGACGCGGAGCGUGCGGCCGCGCUGAGCCCCGAGGAUGAGACGUGGGAGGUGCUGGAGGAGGCGCCGCCACCCGUGUUCCCGCUGCGGCCUGGCGGCCUCCCGGGGCUCUGCGAGUGGCUGCGGCGCGCGCUGCCCCCGGCCCAGGCGGGGGCGCUGCUGCUGGCGCUGCCCCCCGCGUCUCCCCACGGGGCGCGCAUGAAGGCGGCGGCGCUGCGGGCCGGGGCGUGGCGGCCGGCUCUGCUGGCCAGCCUGGCGGCGGCGGCGGCGCCCGUACCCGGCCUAGGCUGGGCGUGCGACGUGGCGCUUCUGCGGGGUCAGCUGGCCGAGUGGCGGCGGGCGCUGGGGCUCGAACCCGCCGCGCUGGCUCGACGCGAGCGCGCGCUCGGCCUGACCCCGGGGGAGCUGGCGGAGCGGACGCACUUCCCGGGCCCGGUGACGCGCGCCGAGGUGGAGGCCAGGCUGGGCGCGUGGGCGGGCGAGGGCACUGCGGGGGGCGCGGCGCUGGGGGCCCUUUCCUUCCUCUGGCCCGCGGGCGGCGCGGCGGCCACCGGCGGCCUGGGUUACCGCGCGGCGCACGGCGUCCUGCUGCAGGCCCUCAGCGAGAUGCAGGCCGAUGCCGAGGCGGUGCUGGCACCCCAUGUGCCCGCGCAGUGAGGGGUGGGACGCGGGUCUGGGGGGCUGCCGGGGUGCCCAGUGUCCCUCCUGCUUGGCUCCCCCAGGGGCUGAGGACUCCACGUCCUGGUUAGAGGGAUAGGGAUUGGGGGGGUCCAGAUGCAUGGGAUGUCUGGGCCUCUGAGGUAGCGGAGCUGGGGGCCACCACUCAGAAUGCUGGGUGCUUGAAGGGAAUGAGGGCUUUGAAUUCAUUGGGGUGGACUUUAAGAUUCCAGUUGCUGGGUGGUGGGAAGUCUCCAUCUACAGGAGGGAACAGGGGACUGUGCAAAAGAGCUGCAGAACCUUUGAUCAGGAAUAGAGAGAUGUCUGUUAUUUGCUGCUGGGGGGUGGGGGGGGGAGGGCCUGGUGAGCCAGAUUCUUUUCCCAGCUGUUGUGGGGAGGAUGGUCCCAGAAAAACGAGGGAAGUAGGCAAGAGGUCUGGGCAUGGUGGGCCCUGGGGGUAGCCAGAGACCAGGAAUGAGGCCUUCUGGUGUGAAGGACAGGAACCCAUACCUCAGAGGUAUCUCCCACAAAUUCCUUAUGGAUUUGGACCCUGGCAAUCACCUCUCUCAGUGCGAGUUUGGAAAGGGACAUGACUACCCGCCCCCCUUUUAUAAGUGCUGAGUGAUUCAAGGGAUCUUUGGUGUGUCUGUUCCUUUGUCCCUCUUUCCCUUAGUGGUUUCUAUCUCUUUUUGGUCUUGAUUUCUUCUAUCAUUAAGCCGAACCCUUUCUGGCCUUGAUAUUUUAUACUCCUGCCUUUUUUGGAAAAGCAGCUAUAAUGCUGCACUGACAGAUAUUUCUGUGUUGGCUACCUCAGGUGUCCCCAAGAGGCUCUGCCCUCUGGUGUACACACAGGGCUGCGGAGAGCAAGAGACCCACAGAACAGCGAGGUAGUGUUCCAGACGGUGGGAGUGUGCCGUAAGUGAAGCAAAGGCAGAAACCACAGUGCCUGGAAUGUUCUAGGCUGCCAACUAUAGGUAGAAAAGAUGCCACAGGUUACAGAGUUCUUGUAUCAAAAAGCAGGAAAGGGGGACCCAAAAGGCCAUUAAGUAGCAUCUCUUUUAUGAGAGAUGGGGAGGGCAAAGCCCAGGGAGGGCAGGCUCUAGGCCCAACAACACACAGCAGGGUCCUAUGUGGUCUGGCCCCAACCUCAUCCCCUAACCAGCCUGAUCUUCCGAUGCCUGGGUGGGCCACCUUGGAUCCUACCCCAGGAUCUUUGCAUUUGUUGUUCUUUCUGCCUAGAAUGCUCUACCCCCGGAUCUUCCCAUAACUGGUUCCUUCUUAUCAAGCAGAUCUCCACUCAAACGUCCCCUCAGAGAAGCCAUCCCUGUCCAGUGUAACUGAAUCAGCUCACACGCCCCCAUUACUCUUCUCAGCCAGUUAUUUCCCUUGCAGCAAUUUUUACUGUAGGCAAUUACCUUAUUUAUUUAUUUACCUAUUUAAUAGCUAUUGUCCUUUUACCUGUUUUGUUCUCUGCUCUACCCCUAACACCUAGAAGAGUGCUUGACCCACAGUAGGUGCUUAGUAAUUAUUUCUUUUCAUUCAUUAGUCAGUGGCAGACUGGAAUUUAGAUUGUCGGCCUCUUGCCACAAGACAGGGAAAAUGAGCAAGGUGGGGAGAAACAAGCAUCUGAUGGGAGAGAAAGCUCCUGUCUGAGGUCACGGGAUCUGGGAAGCAAGCACGGCUUUGCCACUGUCACUCUGGGUGACUUGGACCAGUGCCUUAUGUUCCAUCUGAGAAAUGAAAGGGCCGGACGAGAACCGUAUAUACUUGCAAGAUCCUAUUUUCUUUGACAGCAGGAGACAAGGGUGACCGAUCUGAGAGACAGGUCCUUUGCCAGAUGGUAUUCCCAUGUCCAUCUCGAACCCCUACCAUUGGCACAAUUUAUCCCAUCAUAGUUGAGAUGGCUGAGGGUGGAAAAAAGCAUUUGGCUUUAUACUGAAUGGCUUCAGACAUGGUCUUCAAAGGCCUUUGAGGCUUCGGGGAAAGGUAUUUGCCCAUCUCUGUAAUAUCCAGUACAACACUGUCUACCUCUCAAUCUGGAAUGCCAGCCAUGGGAAAGUGGGAGAGGUACACAGCCGUGCUGUCCAACAGAAACGGGUUGUGAGCCACAUCUGUAAUUUGAAAUGUCCUAGCAGCCACAGUAAAAAUGUAAAAGAAAACAGUGAAAACUAGUUAUGUUUUACUCAACCCAGUACACCCAAAACAUUAUUUCAACAUGUAAUCAAUAUAGAAAAGAAUGAGAUAUUUUCCAUUCCUUCAUGCUGUCUUUGAAAUCGGGUGUGUAUUUUGCACUUAGCACAUGUCUCAUUCAGAUGAUAAAUUCUCAUCAGAAGUACUCCUGUUUAGCUUUCCUAAAGUUCAUUAAUAGAGAAAGAGAUUCAUACACCCAAGUUGUCCCGGUUAUAUUGAACAGUUUCCCAAUAACUGAGGUGCAUAUCAGUUUUUAAGUAAAAAUGAAUAAACACCAUUUUCUCAGUCACCCAAACCAUGUUUUAAGUGCUCAGUAGCCACAUGUGAUGUGUGGCCACAGUACUAGACAGCACAGACCUAGAAUACUCCCAUCAUCACAGGAAAUUCUACAGACAUAGCUCUAGGGUCAGACAGUCCUCCUGACAUUGGGGCAACCUUGGGGAAGUCACUCAGCAAAUGGUAUCUACCUCACAGGGUAAUUGUAGGAAUAGUGUAUGUACAUGCAUUCUCCCCCCUGCCUCUCUCUCUCUCUCUCUCUCUCUCCUACACACGCACAUGUCAGCAUGCUGCAGCCCUCCAGAGAAGCCUCGCAUAUGAGGAGCUCGAACAUAAGUCUUGUUGCCUUUGCCCUUGGCCCCAGGCAGUACCCAGACAACUCUAGUCUGGGCACCUCUGUCUCAUGCCCAUGCCUUUGCUCACAGAGUGCCCUUGUCUUUUUCUGCCACUUUCACACCAUCUCUGAUUUGGUCUGGCCUAACAUCUCUGCCCUGUGCUUCCCUCCCUCAAAUUCCUUCUGCCCUCAUGCCAAUGGGGAUCAUGCCAGAGAUCAUAUCUGAGAAAGCAAGACCCAAUUUUGUUUGCCUAUGUCUCUUUUGGGGAGUGCUGGUUGUGUUUAUAUGUGUAUGUGAGUUUAUAUGUGUAUAUGGACACUCUUGGGUGUCAUGACUAAUUUGGGGGAAGGGUUGUUUUUAAAUUAUGACUUUUGAAGGGAGUCCUAAACGUUGCUAGUGAGGCUUCUGUCUCUGGUAGCAUCCAAGCAGAAAGAUUAAGACUCCCUUGAGAACGGAUUGCUGCUGCCCUCGGGGUGUUUCAACAUCAUACUUCCAGGCUGGAAGACCCUGGAAGGCAAGAAUUCCAGGAAAUGUAUGCUACAUCUUGGCAUUGCCAUCCAUUACCAGAAGCAGAAGUAGAAGAGACAAUCUCAUCACCUUAGCUGAGUUUCAUACAUUUCUGGAUAAUGAUGAAGAGACUUGUAUCCAUUGGGGUGGGGAACCAGGGAGGGCUAAUCCAGGGUGUGGUAGGCCUGUGGUGCUUUUUGAAGAGGUCAAUAAAAAUGAGUAGAGAUACCA